AUGGAGAUUGGCUGCCGUAUCGAUGUUGGUGGGAAUAGAGGAUCAGUGGGGUAUAUUGGGCCCAUCGAAGGUUAUGAUGGUGAUUGGGUGGGCGUUGAUUGGGACGAUAGGAAGAGGGGUAAACAUGAUGGUGCAGUGGGUGGGAAACGUUACUUUUUUGCCAGUGGUGAAAAAAGUGCAUCAUUUGUGAGGUUAUCAAAUGUUAUUUUUGGGAGGAAAAUUGAUAGCGAAAUGACUAGUCGUUAUGCAACGCAGUCUGAGAUGGAUCAGUAUGAAAUAGGAGUGAAAAUGAUUGACUUUGUGGCUAUGGAAAAAAUAUUUGGAAAACAAAGAGAUAUCUAUAAACUGCGUUGUGUUGUUCUUGACAGCAUGCAUGUUGCUUUACCACCGGAUAUUGGAAGUCCUCUUUUCAAUUAUUGCACAGAGUUGAGCUUAUACAAUAAUCUUAUUGCAAGAUGGAGAGAUGUUUUAGAUAUUGUUAAAUUUUUUCCUGUUCUUCGCUAUCUUAAUUUAAGGAAGAAUUACAUGGAGCCAGAGAUGACAUCUGUUAAAAAUUUUGAUUCCCCUGUCAAAUCGCCGGUUUUUCGUUUAGUUAUCAGUGAUUGUCGGAUCGAUCAAAAAACUGUUAAAGGGGUUCAGAAAUUAUUUCCCAAGCUGGAGCAGUUGUAUCUUGCCUCAAACAAUCUCCACACCUUUGAGGUUUCAUCUACUACAGGCAGUUUACAGCUAUUGGAUUUGGAGAAUAACAGUAUUGAAACUUUUUCUCGCAUUCAUUCCCUUUCUACAGUGCAGAGCUUAACUUCUCUGAACUUGUCAAACUGCGGGAUAUCAGAGGUAAUAUUUGGAAGUCCGAUCGGUUUUGCUUCUCUCAAAGACUUGUACCUCCGCAACAACGUUUUAAAAGGGUGGAAGUGGAUUAAUGAGAUAGCAAAACUGCCAGCAUUGAUCAGGUUGUAUGUGAAAGGACGUCUCAGUCUUGACAAUGAGUUUGGUAACAACACUCGAGAAGUUCUAAUAGCUAAACUUCCUAAAUUGAUUGAACUAGACAGGUGCGAAAUAAGUCAUGUGGAACGAAGAUCUGCUGAAAUUUUUUUUUUGAACAAGUAUGGAGUAAGUCCAGUAGCGAGAGAACACGAAGAAGAUAUUGUCAGGCUACAGAAAAUUUACGGCGCCCCAGAUGCUGCUCGACUCGUCCUACCAGGCGGGAUUCGUUUGCUAAAGUUAAAGCUCGUAUUUAACAAUAAGGAAGUUCUACGUUCUCUCCCUGCUUCGAUGUCGGUUCAAAAAUUGUAUGGCAUGGCUAGCAGGCUUUUCAGUCUUGACAUCAGAAAGUUAGCUCUUUAUGCAGAAAGUGUUGGUGGAUUAACCUUUGAGUUUGACAAUCCCUGUCGGUCGCUGAAUUUCUUCGACCUCUCUGAUGGUGAUGUUAUUCAUGUUCGGGCAUUAUAG